AUAAUAAAAAAUAUAACUCGGUAUAGUAGGAAAAUUAAAACCUGUAGAAUAUUUGGAGUACAUGCAUCAAACUCUUAAAUUACCUGAUUCGAAUAGGAUUUUUUAGAUAUAAAUACAAUUUUCCAGAAUAAAUACAAAGUAAUUGGCUUUCGAUUGAUAAUGAAACUCCAAAACUGUAGCAAAAUUUGGUUAUAUACCGUGAUGCCAUACCGUGGCUUAUUAUUAAUGUGAAAAUUUAUAAUUGAUUUACAGCGAAUACAUCCUAAUAUAUACGAGCAAUAUAGAGUUUAUAAAGAGAGUAAACGAAUAUUGCGGCAAAAUGAAAACCCUCAACGAAGAAGACAGAUGCUGUCGUCUUGUACUUUCUCCCAACAGGAUUUUGAAACAAAUGUUUCAAAUUAUAUACUUGAGAGCAUGGCACCACUGAACACGGUCGAAAUGCCAGUUUUUCGAAAAAUUUUCGAUGAUACGUUAUUCACUGUUACACCUGAAAUUAAUAUAUUAAUUAAAACCAAACGAUGUCAAAUAGAUUAUUAUAAAUAUAUGGACAAUUUUAUCGUUGAAAACACAAAAAAUAGAAAACAUUACAAACAAACGAGUCUAAUCAACAAAAUUAAUUUUAGCUUUCGAGAUUAACAGUAAUAACGUAACUAUACGACAUUUGACACGGCGUAAGUUGGCCAGACGUAUUAAGGAUAUUCAUAUUCAAAAUAUGAAUGGCUUAAAGACGGCUAUCACAGAGAAUGCAGAUUAUGUAUGUACCACAGCUGAUAUCUGGACAUCUAGAAACAGAAGGUUCUUAGGCGUAACCGCUCAUCGGAUUGAUCGAGAAACCCUCGAUAGAAAAUCUGCAGCAGUGGCUUGUCGAUGGUUUCCAGGAACUCACUCACAUACAAACAUUGCGAGAAUUUUAUCAGAAAUUCAUGUGUCCUUUGGAUUGAACUUUCUAAAAUUGUGUGCUACAGUCACUGAUAAUGGAGCUAAUUUCGUUAAAGCAUUCUAGGAAUUCGGAGUUGAUCUGGCGGACCAGUUUUUCUAUGGUAAUAUCAUUGGCAAAGUUGAAUUACAUUAA